AUGAAUUCUGAGAAUCGUUAUCCAGUUACUGCUUCACUUUUUAUGUUGCGUGAAAUAAAACAACGCCAAGAAAAAGUAAAUCGUGGUUACCAGCUUUUAAAGAGGAAGGCUGAGGCCCUGCGUCUUCGUGGUCGACAGGCGACUGCCGCGUUAGCAACCGUUCAGGCCUUAGUAGGACAUUCUUUGAAAGAAGCUUACAUAUCGUUAGCAGGAAUAAAAUUUACCAACGGGGAAUCUAAUGCCUUAGUGUUAGAAAAUGUAGGACAGGCGCAAAUCCGCGUACAGCGUAUUUCGGAAAAUAUAUCAGGAGUCCCAACGGUUUCAUUACAAGCCAUUGAGGAUCAAACUGCUGGAGAUUCUUUCCGAUACGCAGGAUUAGGAGCUGGAGGCCAUCGCACUAGUGAGACUAAACGAGCGUUCAGAGAAGUCAUAAGGAUCCUCAUAAAAUUCGCUUCGUUGAGAAACAUUUGCCUUUUGUUGGAUGAAGCUGUAAGAACGACCCUCAGAAAGGUGAAUGGAAUAGAAAAAGUUAUCCUGCCUAAACUUCGUAAUACUGAAAUUUAUAUUUUGACUGAAAUGGAUGAAAGGGAACGUGAAGAAUAUCAUCGUUUAAAAAUGGUUAAGGCUAAGAAAAACUUUGGACGUCUUCUGCCCAAUCGCACCGAGAGGAAAAAGUGUGGCGAUAUCGAUAUUCCUGUUGAACUUUCACCUUCCAAAUCUCAGACCGAUUCUAUCGAAAUUUUAGAAGUGAAGCCCGUGGGAGUAGUUUCUACAGCGUCUGUGUCAGCAGGAGAUUUUAAACCAGUUUGCCUUCCACAUUACUGGGAUGAUGAGGACUUAUUAUUUUAA